UUCAUCUUCAUCUUCAUCUUCUUUUCUUUGACAAUAAUGGAUGCCAUUGACAUACCUCCAUACUUCAUAUGUCCAAUAUCUCUACAAAUCAUGGAAGAUCCAGUGACAAUCUCCUCCGGCAUCUCCUACGAAAGACGAAGCAUCGACAAAUGGUUAUCGACUUACAACCACAACACUUGUCCUGUCACCAAACAAUUACUUUUCGACCGCAGCCUCAUUCCAAACACAACUCUUCUCCGGCUCAUUCAAUCUUGGACCGCCAAGGUAAAAAGAUCAAAAGGUCAUAUGCUCGAUGCAUCACCAUCGAAAACAAGCUUCGAUGUGUCAAAACUGUAUGAAGAGCUUAGCGAAGCGAUCGAGCCUGAUCUCCAACUCAAGUGCUUGAAAAAAAUCAAGAGCUUGAUCCAAGAAGACGAUGAAAAUGAUGAUCGGAAACUAAUGAUGGAGAAAACCGGAUUAGCUCCCCUUGUUACAUCUCUAAUGAUGAAAGCAAGCUCUCUUCAACAAAUUGGAUAUAGUUUACAAGUGAUUUCUGAAGCUGCAAUUGUGUUACAACUUCUGAAUCCAUCUCAAGAGACAUUGAGAAAAAUCACAGCAUACAAAAAAGGUAAGAUUCUCAUGCCUUUAUCACUCAUACUACAAAGAGGAACACAUCAAGCAAGAAUCCACACAGCUCUACUACUAAAAUCAAUAUUCAAGUCGGUCACCGAAGAUUGCAAAUGCGACAUACCGACGAUAAUGUUUGAGAGUUUGAUGGAGAUAUUGAAAGAUCAGAACUCAAGCAAAGUGAUGACCAUGGCUUUGUUAUCGGUGCUUAUGCAUGUGACUCUAUUUGGUGAUAAUUUAAGCAAGGUGAUCGAAGCCGGGAUGAUAUCUGUGUUGAUAGAGUUGUUGGUGGAGGAGAAAGAGGACCGGAGAAAGUGUGAGGCGAUGUUGUAUGUGAUCGAGGCAGCGUGUAAGAAGGCCGAAGGGAGGGCGGUGGUGCUCGGACACCCGGCGGGGGUUGCAGCAGUGGCCGGAAAAAUACUUAGAGUUUCUCAAGGUGUGACUAGAAGAUCAGUGAAAAUAUUGUUGUUGCUUUGUAAGUAUUGUGGUGGUGGAGGAGUUGUGGAGGAAAUGAUGGAAGUAGGGGCAGUGGCAAAGGUUUGCAUGGUUGUCCAAGUGGAAGGGAAUAGGAGUACAAGAGAAAAAGCUAAGGAAAUAUUAGGGUUGCAUCUUAAGACAUGGAAUAAGUUCCCUUGUUUUCCUUUGAAUUGCAUGGCAUGAAUUGAGUAUAGGUUGUGUUAUUCUUUGGUGAUUCUUUUGAUUUGUGAAUUUAGAAGUGUAUAUUUGCUUGUGUGUUUUGCUUGUAUUUUUUAAAUA